AUGGCUGACGUCGAAACGGCCCCUGUUGAGUCCCGCGCAAGGCGCAUUGUCUAUUGCGGAGUCUGUUCAUUGCCUCCAGAGUACUGUGAAUUUGGCGGUACAGCAAAGAAAUGCGAGGAAUGGUUGAAGAGUAGCCAUCCGGAUCUCCAUGAUAAGUUGUAUUCUGAAGAAGCCCUGAACGCAAACCUGUCCACUCUCUCCGUUUCCGCGCGUGAACGAGCCGCCAAAGACGCUGCGAAGAAGGAAGCCAAGGCCGCUCUAGCAGAGACCCGUGACGCGGAGCGCAAGGCGGCGGCCAAGAUCCAGAUCAAGCGUGUCGAGCGGAAUAAGCGCAAGUUCGUCACGGUCGUGGCGGGUCUGGAGGCUCAUGGACUGGACAACAAGAAGAUCGCAAAGGAGCUCGGCAAGAAGUUCGCGACUGGUUCGUCGGUGACCAAGUCGCCGGCUGGCGCCGAGGAGAUCACAGUACAGGGAGACGUCAGUGACGAUCUGUACGAUUGGCUGCUCGAGGUCCAUGGCAAGGAGGUUCCAGAGGACAAUAUCGAGCUGAUUGAGGAUAAGAAGAAAAAGAGCAGUGCUGCUCCUGCUUGA